AUGUCGUGGCCAGCUGCAGCAGCAGCUGCUGCAACACGGCGCCUUGUUGGGGGACAAGGCGCAGCUGAAGCGGCAGCAGCUGCUGCUCCAGCAACAGAGGCAAUGCAGCAACAGCAGCAAGAAUGGAGCCAGCAGCAGCAGCAGCAGCAGCAGCACAGCAGCAGCAGCAGCAGCAGCAGCAGCGCAACGACUGUCGCGCUGGAGCCCCCAGACCUGCGGGCCUUGGCAGGGGCAUGCAGCGAAGCUGUGUCACAGGGCUGUGUUGUGUGUUUGCUGCUGCUGCUGCAGCGGGGGUUCGCAGGGGCCCUCUCGGGUUGGCUCUCGUGCUGUCUCCCGCUGCACGAGGGCCUCGAGCUGCUGCAGCAGCUCCAUAGGCAGCAGCUGCUGCAGCACCAGCAGCAGCUGCAGCAGCUGCGUCAGCAGCAGCACAACGGGGGCAGGAGGCCUCAUCUGCAAUGCUGCCCAUCCGCGUUGCUGCAGCAGCGGCUGCUGCUGCAGCACGGGGGUGGUGAGGAAGCCCUGGCACUUGCGAGCGAAGUGGAGUUGACAGCAGCAGCAGCAGCAGCAGCUGCUGCUGCUGCUGCUGGGCCGUGCGGUUCGCCUGAAUUGAUGGAAGCAGCAACAAAAGCAACAGUGCCUGCGUGGCUGUCCUUGGGGCUGCAGGGUGUCGCGUCUGCUGCUGCUGCGGGUCUGCUGCCUGUAGCUACACACAGCCUGCAGCUGCUGCCUGGCAGAAGCAGCGGCAGUGAAGGUAGCAACAGCAGCAGCAGCAGCAGCAGCAGCAGCAGCAGCAGCAGCAGCAUCGGUGGCGUCGCAAUACUUGAAAAGCAAAGAGCCCUUUCGCUGCUGCAGCAAAUCAACAUGAACGUCUUCGCCGUGCUGCUGCACUUAGGACGGCUCGACGAGGCUGCUGUUGCUGCAGGGAAUAUGGUGCAGGGGAGCGGGAGCAGCGGCGCAGCAAGCUCGCAUGCAUUAGCAGCAGCACUGCUGCAGCUGAGCAAGCACAACUACGUUGCUGCAAUGCAGCUGCUGCUGAUCGCAUUGAGACAUGCAACGCAACUGCUGCAGUACACAGCAGCGCCUGAAGCAGCAGCAGCAGCAGCAGCAGCAGCAGCAAAUGCAGCAGCAGCAAACGCAGCAGCCGGAACUGCUGGGUUUUAUUCUGCUGGUGCGACUACGGCGAGCCAAAGAGCUGCAGCAGCAGUUGCUGCUGCUGGUGGUUGGGUGCCUCCUCCUGCAGCAGAAGCAACAGCAGCAGCAGCGGGGGGAUCGAGAGGGCGCUCUGGAGGGCUGCUGUCGCUGCUGCUGUCUGGCAGCAACGCCUGGCCUGUGCUGCUCUCACUGAAUGCUGUGGGGAUAAUCUCGCUGCAUCUCGCGCUGCUGCUGCACAGCCAGCCGCAGCUCGUGAGGCAGCUUGCUGCUGACCCCACGCCGCUGCUGCAGGCACUUAAGUCAGCCCUAUGCCACGUAGAGCUGCUAACCGCCACACAGCAGCAGCAGCAGCAGCAGCAACAACAACAGCAACAACAGGAACAGGGACGGGACGCACGGCAAGUGCAGGAGCAGCAGCAGCAGCUGCAGACAGGCGUCGCGCAGCAGCAGACAGGCGUCGCGCAGCGGCGAUUUCAAGAACCCAGCAGGCAGAUGGAGGAGGAGCAGCAGCAGCAGCAACAACAGCAGCAGCAGCAGCAGCAGCAGCCCGACAACCCGCAGCAGGAGGCUACAUAUAAUUUUCCGGGAGGGGUUCAGGCACCGCCAGCAGCAACACCUAUUAGCAGUUCCUUCUCGCGACCUGAUGAAGCAUACCGAAACCAGCAGGCAGCUGUUGCUGCUGCAGCGGCUGAGGUGGCCGAUUCUGCUGCUGCAGCGGCAGCUGCUGGUCUGCUGCUGGCGGGCGCAGACGCGACGCAGCCGUUCCGCAUAACGAGGCCUGCGUGGCCUUUGGAGUGUAUGGACAGCUACAGAGCAGUAGGAGCUUCGCUGCUGCAGCGGCAGCGACAGCAGCAGCAGCGGCAACGCCUUCGCAGCAUACCUGUGGGCCUUGGGGGCGGCUCAGCAGCAGCCGAUUGUAGUCCCCGUGCAGCAGCAGCAGCAGCAGCAGCAGCAGCACGUGAUGAAAUUUUGGAUGAAACGAGUUUUUGCUUUGAAGUGCCUCAUGCAGAUGCCUCUGCUGUGCAGCAGAAGCUGCUGCAGCGCCGUCUGCCUCGGGUAGCAGUAGCAACGGCCGAAGCAGCAGCUGCUGCUGCAGCAGAAGAGGCUGUAUCAUGCUUUUUUGAAAUAGGGGAUGCAUGCGCGCGUCUCAUGGUUCCUCUCUGCUGCCCCCCUGACGCCUCCAGCAGCAGCAGCAGCAGCAGCAGCAACAGCAGCAGCGACAACAGCAACAAUAUACCUGGCGAUCCCUUAAAAGACACUGGUGGAGGCCGGCAGCAGCAGCAUCAGCUUUGUUCUGAGCUUCGCACCAAAGUUUUGCUGCUGCGGUGCUAUGUGCUUGUCGGGAGCUGGUUGGGGACACAGCAACAGCCACCUGCAGCAGCAGCAGCGCAGCUCAGGCUGCUGCUGCUGCAGUUGCUGCGCCGCACUAUGAGCUUGUUUGGCUCGCCUAGGGGCUCUUGCCACAUUGACGGGCGAGUCAGCUGGGAUCCAGCUAUGCUUGGGGAUGCCACGCAUGCAAGGAUGGAUGGCGACACGGCUGCUGCUGCAGGUUCCGCAGCUGCAGCAGAUGCAGCCUACCGCUGGAGCAGACGGGGGAUCCGAAUGCAGCUUGUUGAUAGGACGAGGCGAGGAGUGGAGGCAGGAGCAGCAGACAAGGUGUAUAGACAGCUUCUGCGGCUGCACAAAGCUGCAGCAGAUGGAGAGCUAGCUCUGACUCAGGCUGCUACUGCUGCUGCAGCAAGCGAAUGCCGGGGGACCCCCCACAGGGAGUUUUUGCUGCUGCUGCAGCUGGACAUACAGCUGGACGCAGUGGCGGCGAUGGCUGCUAGCAGUAGAAACGUCAGUCUUGCGGGGUUGGAGCUGAUGCAGAACUUGCAGCGGGAAGCCGCAGCUGCUUUGCUGCUGCAGAAGUCUGUGCUGUACUUGUACCUGCAGCUCCGUAUUGCGAUGGUAGAGUUGCUUCUGCGGCGUGUCUCGAGAGUUGUGCAGCUGCUGCCGCUGCUGCAGCAGCUGCUGCAGCAGCAUCACCUCGCACAAACCUGGUCUCCAGAGAUCGCCGCUGAAAUGGCCUACAUCAAGGCAAUGUGCUGCUGCCACAUGGGCUCGUUGCUGAUGCGGCAGCAGCAAGAAUCCGUCGCCGCAGCGCCGGAAGCAGCAGCAGGAGAGGCGUCCUAUGCCGAAUCUUCAGUGGCCAGGGAACCCCAGCACCAGCAGCAGCAACACUCAUCACCAUGCAGUGCCACUGGGAGAAAGCCCUCGUUUGCUGGGGAGGCUGUAGACACAGGCGGGCUCAAGGCCGCCUGCAGCGCUGCAAGCGGAGAGUGUGGGGCGCCAGCAGCAGGGCACACGGCAGCAGCAGAGGAAAACCCGGCUAUCGCUGGAGAGCUGCUGCUGCAUGCAGCAGCAGCGCAUGCACAAACGGCGAUGGCUGGAUGGAACGCAGGCGUGCAGGCCGUGGGUCUCCAGAGGGGCAGUUUUCAAAGAAAGAGGCGCAGAGAUAUGGUGGUUGCUGGCCUUGCAUCAACAGCCCUGAGACUGCAGCGAGCAGAAUGUGAAGCAGCUUCGUGUGAGACUGAAAACUCUUCUGCUACAGAGCGACAGCAGAAGAUCGAAGGUCUCCGGCGUCAGUUUGUCCAGCUGCGUGCUGCUCUCCUUGACGUAGAUAAUACUCUCGGCCCGGACCUGCAACACCUGGAGGAGCAGCAGCACCAGUUCUCAGCCAGCCGUGGUAAGAAAGGAAGGCGUUGUCGUUGCCUGUUCAGCGGCCUCGAAGCAGAACCGAGCGACGAAGCACUCCUCACAUGGCGUCAGCAGGAAAGCAGGUUGAAGCGGCAGAGGAUUGGCUGGAACGACCCCCAGUUGCUUGCUGAUGAUAUUGGAGCAGCACCUGCAGCCGCGCUGCAUGCAGGCGAGACUGCUGCUACUCCCCAGAGACGUGUAUAUCGGCCACCUGGCGAUUUCUCGCCAAACGACUGA